AUGCUUCGCAUGCAGAACAAUUAUGCCGAAAAUAGUGUGCGGAUGCGAGUUAAGAAAGCUAAGGCAAAGAGAAGAGAAGAGACAUCACAAAUGGUAACUAGCAUUCCUCCAAUAGUGUACAUUGCUCCUGAGGUGCACAGUUGGAAUCGUUUCUAUCAAGACUAUAUUAUGGAUUCUGGUAUAGCUGUCUUCAACACUCUCCCUAGCUUUAACACCGACGGCUCCUCAACAUGUUUCUUAGAGGCGCUACAGGCAGUGACGUUAGCUAGCUCGGCCAACCAAUUGCGUCAGUCUCCAUUAAUGGUCCGAGCCAGGAGACACUAUGGCACAGCAAUAGUCACGCUUAAAGCCACGCUUGAUGAUCCAAGGCGGGUAGGAGACGAUUCGAUACUGAUAGCUCUAUUUCUACUUUCACUCUAUGAGAUAAUUGUCGCAGAGGCUAUCACAGCCGUUUCAACGGAUCCGAACUUGCAAUGUCAGAUCCACUUCCACGGCGUAUUGGCUUUGCUUCAAUGGCGAGCUAAGCAUGCGCAAGAUUCUGAAUUAGAUCGAGGAGUGUUUGUAUUUUUCUGUCAUAUUGCCUUAAUGAGUAUGUUUGUUAAUUACGAGCCCUGCGACGCCAAGUGGUCAGCCCUGGAGAGCUUUUCGAAUCCAUGGGCAAAUCAACCGCUAGAACCUAUACUUGCCAGAGCUGUCGAUUUCAAGAGGCGAGCUCGCACUCGAGUCUUCCUGAGGGUCGACCGUCCUCCUAGCGAGGAUGUGCUACAGCUUAUCGAAGACGGGAUUAGUAUUAGCGAAGACCUCAAGAAUGUGGCCGCCAACAUCAGGGCCGCAAAUUCAACUUUACCUUCAUAUCAACGAUCGACCGCAUUCAAUAACAUGCUUGAAAUUUCUACCAAAACAACUGAAGCUAUAGCAAGAAAUCUAUAUCAAGUCGUCAGGUAUCAUACAAUUGAGCUUAUUCUGGGCCUCAUCGCGUUUGUAAAAGACGAACUAGAUGGAACUGACUGUAAGAACGCUUAUCCGAUGGUCCCAUCAAAUUGUAUCUCUAUCCUAGACGAGAUAUGCGAAAGCAUUUGCGGUAUACUCGGUCUUGGUAACAACUGCGACGUCGAAGACAACAGCAAAGGUAUGGGCUACCGAGUUUAUUGCACGUUCUGGCCCAUGGUGAUUCUACUGUUCUCUCCACUGGUCGAGGAGGAGAAGAGGGUAUGGAUUGAAGAUAAACUUCGAUAUAUGGGCGAGACAACAGGAUUCGGCAUGGCAACUUGGUCGGUCAAAAUGGCAAAGUCUGUACACGUUGUCCUGCCCAAAAGGUAG